AGGAAAUAUUUGCUUCAGGCAGAUUCAUAAUCUGAUGAUAAAAGGAAUUUAAAACGGAUUGGUAAAAUGACACGGAUCUGGAUUUCAGUUCUGCUCCUGUGUAGCACCAAGUAUACAGUCGAGUCUGAUAAACGUUGUGUUACUACAGAAUCCCCCCCAAAUCCAGAUGUUUAUCAGGCUGAAGAAAAGCUCAGUGUGAAUAUCGGAGCCUCGGCUACUCUACAGUGUUGUGUUUUAGGAACAGAAAACGGAGACAUUAUCUGGUUUAAGCAACAAAGCACAAAACAGCCUCAGGUUAUAGGCAGAUUAUUCAACACUGCCAAAGAAAAGUUUUACAAAGAAUUCCAAAAUUCUCGUUUUCAAAUUAAAAGGUUUGGACACUGCUUCAAUUUGACCAUUUUAAACACCACCCUGUGUGAUGAAGCCACAUAUUACUGUGCGCUCGUGUCUACUGAUGGAACUCGUGUACAAAUGAAAGGUGAGCGUGUUAACGCUGAAACAUCUAAAGCAGCUCUGUGUGAUAAUUCAGUGGUGUGUGAACCAACACCGCAUGGAAACAACACUAACACCGACACACGACACGACACAGUGAUCGGUUUGGGAUCGGCUUUGGGUUUGUGCGCACUUCUGAUUUUCUGUCUCACUUAUUUCAUACUGAGGAGAAGAAAAGGUGAUAAAAGUAAGUGUUUUUGUCAUCAGACAAUUAAAGUUACUUUUACAUCUUUAACAAUGGGUAAUAAUUGUGUUUGUGUAUUAACAGUGAAGGAACUGGACAAAUCUCCAGGAAUAAGAGAGGAAUCUCAUAUAAACAGAUUUUCUUACGAAGCUUUGCAGUUCUUCGGGUGGAAAGUCCAACCUGGACGAACGGAUGAUUUCAUGUACACUGAUGUAAUGUAUAUGAAACUGUAAAACAUAAAAAGACAGAAAUCACAUUAUUAAUAGUUAAACUGCUAAUAAUAGUAAAACUGCUGGGAUGCUUCAUGUUUUACUGCAAUAGACAUGUUAGUGAUGAUAUUCCACAGUUCCUCAUGUCAAGUGUGCAUUAUUAUUAUUAUUAUUAUUAUUAUUAUUAUUAUUAUUAUUAUUAUUAUUAUUAUUAUUAUUAUGUAGAAACAGUAAACUGAAAUAUUUACUUGUGUGAAUUGUAUUAAAUUACUAAAAUGAAUGAAUUAGUAAAAAAAAAUGAGGUACCUUUUUUUUUUAAUUGGGUUAAUUUUCUUACAAUAAAUAUUAAUAUUAAUAAUGUUUUAUGGUAAACUCUCAACUGUCCGGGACAUAAUGUGGUAUAAUAUUUUAACUACGAAGGUGAAGUUCAUAGCGCUGGAUAAGAAAUGUGGAUAUAAGGGACAUGAUUUUGACCCGCAUUCUGUAGAAGCAUGGAUGUGGUGUGUGAUGGAUGUGGUGUAUGAUAUUAUAUGGUGUAUGAUGGAUGUGGUGUAUGAUAUUAUAUGGUGUAUGAUGGAUGUGGUGUAUGAUAUUAUAUGGAUAUCAUAUAAUUGUCUCUGUGGACACGAAUCAUUUAAUAAUAGUAACAUUUUGUCACGAGUCUUCGCUUCACACCGAGCGCACAACAUGUGUCGUCUUUGAUUAGUUUGUCUACUUAAACUCUUGCAUGUCUUGUAAUCUCUAGAAGGUGUUCUUGUGUUCUUGUGACCACAAGUGCUAGACGUCGCAUCGUCGUCCUGUUAACAAUAAGAACUCACUAAACCUUAUACUGUUAGCUGCAGGAUUGUUAGCAUGUACAUUCAAUUUUGUAAAUUAGCAAGAAUUUAUGUGCUA